CGUGGGGGGGCAGAGCCAAGCGGCGGAGGGUCUCCGGAGUUCGGCUGCGGAGAGGUGCGGAGCCCCGGACCAAAGCCCCGACGGAGGUGUCUGCCUGCAGCCCGCAGCAGAGUCUCUCUUCGGAGGGUCCCGGAGCCUGGCUGAAGCCCGCAGAGGAGGAUCCCGGAGUCUGGCUGAGCCCUGUCGGAGGGUCCCGGAGCCCGGCUGAACCCCGGAGCCGAGCUGAGCCCCGUCGGAGGGUCCCGGAGCCCGGCUGAACCCUGCAGCGGAGGGUCCCGGAGCCCUGCUGAACCCCACAGCCGAGUCCCGUCGGAGGGUCCCGGAGCAGGGCUGAACCCCGUCGGAGGGUUCCCGGAGCCGGGCUGAACCCCGGAGCCCGGCUGAACCCCGCAGCGGAGGGUCCCGGAGCAGGGCUGAACCCCGUCGGAGGGUCCCGGAGGCCAGCUGAACCCCGGAGCCCGGCUGAGCCCUGUCGGAGGGUCGCAGAGCCCGGCUGAACCCCGCAGCGGAGGGUCCCGGAGCCGGACUGAGCCCCGUCGGAGAGUCCCGGAGCCGGGCUGAACCCCACAGCGGAGCCCCGUCGGGGCAGCCGGUCGCCCCGUAGACAGAUCCAGCGGAGCCCCGAUCGGAGAAAACCCCCAAAACCAGCGGGACCCCCCUCCCUCCCCACCUUCAACCCUCGGUGAGCGGCGGUGCCCGGGGGAAUCACCCCCCGGUCCCUCCAUGGACUGAGAUGGCCUCGGAGCUGGCCAUGAGCGCGGAGCUGCCCACCAGCCCCCUCGCCAUCGAAUACGUGAACGAUUUCGACCUGAUGAAGUUCGAGGUGAAGAAAGAACCGGCGGAGGCGGAGCGGCUGUGCCACCGUCUGCCCGCCGGUUCCCUCUCUUCCACCCCGCUCAGCACGCCCUGCUCCUCCGUGCCUUCCUCGCCCAGUUUCUGCGCUCCCAGUCCCGGUGGGCAACCGGCACCCGGUCCUCCGACUACCACCGCCGCUUCCCUGGGCUCCAAACCGCAGCUGGAGGAGCUGUACUGGAUGUCGGGUUACCAGCAUCACCUCAAUCCCGAAGCUCUCAACCUGACGCCGGAGGACGCGGUGGAAGCGUUGAUCGGUGCCCCUCACCAUCAUCAUCACCACCACCAAGGUUACGAGCCUUUCCGACCUCAACCUUUCGGUGGUGAGGAGCUACCACCGGCUUCCCAUCACCAUGCCGGCCAUCACCAUCAUCAUCAUCAUCACCUGCGCUUGGAGGACCGCUUCUCCGACGAUCAGUUGGUGAGUAUGUCGGUCCGGGAGCUGAACCGGCAGCUGAGGGGCUUCAGCAAGGAGGAGGUGAUCCGCCUCAAGCAGAAGAGGAGGACCUUGAAGAACCGAGGCUACGCUCAAUCCUGCCGUUACAAGCGGGUCCAGCAGCGGCACAUCUUGGAGAACGAGAAAUGUCAACUCCAGAGCCAGGUGGAGCAGCUCAAGCAGGAGGUGACCCGCUUGGCCAAGGAAAGGGAUCUGUACAAAGAAAAAUAUGAGAAGUUAGCCGGCCGGGGGUUCCCAAGGGAACCCUCCCCAUCCGCCGCCCCCAAGCCCGCUGCUGACUUCUUCAUGUGAGCCGCAAACCCGGGGUGACGGGGUGGGGGGGGGUUGUGGGGGGGGGGGGUCUCCCCCUUUUUUCCUCACCCCCUCCAUGUGGGGAGAGCAAACCCUUUGCUUGUAAAAAAAAAAAAAAAAAAAAAAAGAAAAAAAGAAAAAAAACAACCAACAAAAAAGUAUUAUUAUUAUUUUUUUUUUCCCCACUGAAAUUUUUGGGGAGGGGGGAAGUUGAACAACCCCCAUCCCUCCCACGCACCCCCCUAUCGGGACUCGGAGCCGGGGGGGGGUCCCCGGGGAGGAGGAGGAGGAGGAAGAGGAAGAGGAGGGGGGGGCAGCGGACCUGGAGCCAGCCUGCAUGCGGGACGUGUACGGCGUGCUGCUCCCCCCCCCCCCCCCCGGGAGCAUCAGCGCCAUCCAGGUGGCUUCUUCCCCCCCCCCGCUUCUUUAUCUUGUGUGUUUUACCCCCGAUUUGAUUUUAUUUUUCUUUUCGGGGGGUCUCCAAGGAUCAUCCCGGGGGGGUCCCCGGCAGCGCUGCGCCCUGCCCGGCCCCGCAGCCCGCACCCCCCUCCCGGCCGGCAAACCUGAGCCACAUUUAACUUAUUCACCCUUGUAAAUAUGUAGAAAUUAGUUAGUUUUCUGCCUUUUUUUUUUUUUUCCCUCGAGCCUAUAUUUUGCUUGGUGAUUUACGAAAAAGAAAAAAAAAAAACCCCAAAAAUCCUUUAGAAAAGAAAAAAAAAAUACACGAGUCUUAAAAGUUUGUAUGUAAUAGCAUGCAAAUAAUAUCCGAGUUAAUUUAACGAUGUUGGGAAGAAGCCGAAUGCACUAUAUACAGGAAUCAAUUGGGUUAAAUAAUACUGUUUUAUAGAGAUUUAAAAUUAUCUAUGCUCUUAAAAAAUAGUGGGGGGGAGAGGUAACAAUUCUAGGGUGACCUGAAAGGCAAUAUAGUAAUAUAUGGACUGCAAACGGUUGGCUGCUAUCUCACUAUGCACCAGAUUUAUUUAUUAACCCUCGGGAAACGGAAUAUUAUUUUAACCUCGAUGUUGAAAGAAGGAAAGAAAAUGCACACUAUUUCUUGCGCAAAAAAGAAAAAAAAAGAAAAUAAGAAUAAUUCGUGCAAUUGUGCUUGGAGCGAAAGCGGGGCCGAUCCUGCGCGGAGGAGCGGGGUUUUUUUUAACAAGUUGCUUAUUUAAAAAAGAAAAACCAUAAAAAAAAAAAUCUUGGGGAAAACACAAGGGUCUUGCGGACAAAGCGAGCUUGGGAGCCUGGUGCAUUUUAGGUACUGAUCGUGCGAAGCGUUUUUAACGACCUGUUGUUUCGAUUUGUGACGGUUUUAACGAUGUUGCAUCAAGAUAAAAACUUAUAUUCAACUAGA